UUUUGAGCUACAUUAUUUUCCGGAACACUUGAUGGACGAAGGAAGGGAAGAUCUCUCCCACCUAAUCUGUGACAUAGACUAUUCUACCGGUAUCACUGCUGGUGAUGUUGAUGCCAGGGCACGAAACUGGGGCGCAUCGCAUGCGGGUGUGAACUCUCCCUUGUUUUGGUGCGACUUGCGGUAUUGAUUGGGCGGUUGGAAGCCAAUCACUCGUCCAUACUUAUGGGCCACAGUUCUUUCGGAGCGCUGCAUCGCGCUGAGAACAUAUAACAAACUUUUGAACUGUGUUGAUGUUGCGAUUGUGCUUGAAUGCUCAUUCACAACACCUGACAUUUGACGUGGCUGUAGUAUCGUUCUCGCUUUUCCCUGGCGAGAGACGGGAAUCCCGUGGUAACGCGAAUGACGUUGGGAACUUUCGCAGGCUCUGUGAUGGCCUUGUGAACGUCAACAACUUUCAACCGAGUGCCACACUGCAUUUGACAGGUACCAAUGCGCAGGGUGGCACGUGUACGACCACUUGGUCCUUUCUUUUCGGUUUCGAUACCUCCCCUUCCGCUCGCCUUGGAGCUGCACCUCAACCAGUUGCGCCAUCAUUCGUCGCCGUGCGUCCUAAGGUCUACGCUCCAACCCCCAACACACACAAGCUCAGCGUCUCCGACUCACCCAAAGUAAUCUCUGUUGGUGCCGCCAUAAUAGCUUUCGCGUCGCUCUCCACAUGUACAGCACACACCCCCGCUAGAAGGGCCCUGAACCUGGAUGAACCACCGACGCUGCGAUUCGUUCAACACUCCCAGGACCCUCAAAGUCGGGAGUCAGAUAACUUGCCCUCAAUUUCUUCAUUUCGCUGAAUAAUACGUGGCAAUUCGUCCGCCUUGGGUGAUAGUUGGCCAACUUGCAAAUUAUCUGGGGAAUAUGAAUGAGGGUUGGGAGCUGGACUUCAUUAGCUGGAUCAUAAUGAUACAUUUCUGCGGAAGCUGCUGUUAACCGUGCCAGGAUUCUAUAUUCAUGGCCUCACGGAUGAUUCUGCUGGAAACUUGUAUGCUUGGGGAACAUGGAAGGGCUAGUGGGCCUUACAA